AUGUACACACCCAGGAGGGUGACUGCAAAACAGAGACCACCACAGAGACCACCACAGAGACCACCACAGAGACCACCACAGAGACCACCACAGAGACCACCACAGAGACCACCACAGAGACCACCACAGAGACCACCACAGAGACCACCACAGAGACCACCACAGAGACCACCACAGAGACCACCACAGAGACCACCACAGAGACCACCACAGAGACCACCACAGAGACCACCACAGAGACCACCACAGAGACCACCACAGAGACCACCACAGAGACCACCACAGAGACCACCACAGAGACCACCACAGAGACCACCACAGAGACCACCACAGAGACCACCACAGAGACCACCACAGAGACCACCACAGAGACCACCACAGAGACCACCACAGAGACCACCACAGAGACCACCACAGAGACCACCACAGAGACCACCACAGAGACCACCACAGAGACCACCACAGAGACCACCACAGAGACCACCACAGAGACCACCACAGAGACCACCACAGAGACCACCACAGAGACCACCACAGAGACCACCACAGAGACCACCACAGAGACCACCACAGAGACCACCACAGAGACCACCACAGAGACCACCACAGAGACCACCACAGAGACCACCACAGAGACCACCACAGAGACCACCACAGAGACCACCACAGAGACCACCACAGAGACCACCACAGAGACCACCACAGAGACCACCACAGAGACCACCACAGAGACCACCACAGAGACCACCACAGAGACCACCACAGAGACCACCACAGAGACCACCACAGAGACCACCACAGAGACCACCACAGAGACCACCACAGAGACCACCACAGAGACCACCACAGAGACCACCACAGAGACCACCACAGAGACCACCACAGAGACCACCACAGAGACCACCACAGAGACCACCACAGAGACCACCACAGAGACCACCACAGAGACCACCACAGAGACCACCACAGAGACCACCACAGAGACCACCACAGAGACCACCACAGAGACCACCACAGAGACCACCACAGAGACCACCACAGAGACCACCACAGAGACCACCACAGAGACCACCACAGAGACCACCACAGAGACCACCACAGAGACCACCACAGAGACCACCACAGAGACCACCACAGAGACCACCACAGAGACCACCACAGAGACCACCACAGAGACCACCACAGAGACCACCACAGAGACCACCACAGAGACCACCACAGAGACCACCACAGAGACCACCACAGAGACCACCACAGAGACCACCACAGAGACCACCACAGAGACCACCACAGAGACCACCACAGAGACCACCACAGAGACCACCACAGAGACCACCACAGAGACCACCACAGAGACCACCACAGAGACCACCACAGAGACCACCACAGAGACCACCACAGAGACCACCACAGAGACCACCACAGAGACCACCACAGAGACCACCACAGAGACCACCACAGAGACCACCACAGAGACCACCACAGAGACCACCACAGAGACCACCACAGAGACCACCACAGAGACCACCACAGAGACCACCACAGAGACCACCACAGAGACCACCACAGAGACCACCACAGAGACCACCACAGAGACCACCACAGAGACCACCACAGAGACCACCACAGAGACCACCACAGAGACCACCACAGAGACCACCACAGAGACCACCACAGAGACCACCACAGAGACCACCACAGAGACCACCACAGAGACCACCACAGAGACCACCACAGAGACCACCACAGAGACCACCACAGAGACCACCACAGAGACCACCACAGAGACCACCACAGAGACCACCACAGAGACCACCACAGAGACCACCACAGAGACCACCACAGAGACCACCACAGAGACCACCACAGAGACCACCACAGAGACCACCACAGAGACCACCACAGAGACCACCACAGAGACCACCACAGAGACCACCACAGAGACCACCACAGAGACCACCACAGAGACCACCACAGAGACCACCACAGAGACCACCACAGAGACCACCACAGAGACCACCACAGAGACCACCACAGAGACCACCACAGAGACCACCACAGAGACCACCACAGAGACCACCACAGAGACCACCACAGAGACCACCACAGAGACCACCACAGAGACCACCACAGAGACCACCACAGAGACCACCACAGAGACCACCACAGAGACCACCACAGAGACCACCACAGAGACCACCACAGAGACCACCACAGAGACCACCACAGAGACCACCACAGAGACCACCACAGAGACCACCACAGAGACCACCACAGAGACCACCACAGAGACCACCACAGAGACCACCACAGAGACCACCACAGAGACCACCACAGAGACCACCACAGAGACCACCACAGAGACCACCACAGAGACCACCACAGAGACCACCACAGAGACCACCACAGAGACCACCACAGAGACCACCACAGAGACCACCACAGAGACCACCACAGAGACCACCACAGAGACCACCACAGAGACCACCACAGAGACCACCACAGAGACCACCACAGAGACCACCACAGAGACCACCACAGAGACCACCACAGAGACCACCACAGAGACCACCACAGAGACCACCACAGAGACCACCACAGAGACCACCACAGAGACCACCACAGAGACCACCACAGAGACCACCACAGAGACCACCACAGAGACCACCACAGAGACCACCACAGAGACCACCACAGAGACCACCACAGAGACCACCACAGAGACCACCACAGAGACCACCACAGAGACCACCACAGAGACCACCACAGAGACCACCACAGAGACCACCACAGAGACCACCACAGAGACCACCACAGAGACCACCACAGAGACCACCACAGAGACCACCACAGAGACCACCACAGAGACCACCACAGAGACCACCACAGAGACCACCACAGAGACCACCACAGAGACCACCACAGAGACCACCACAGAGACCACCACAGAGACCACCACAGAGACCACCACAGAGACCACCACAGAGACCACCACAGAGACCACCACAGAGACCACCACAGAGACCACCACAGAGACCACCACAGAGACCACCACAGAGACCACCACAGAGACCACCACAGAGACCACCACAGAGACCACCACAGAGACCACCACAGAGACCACCACAGAGACCACCACAGAGACCACCACAGAGACCACCACAGAGACCACCACAGAGACCACCACAGAGACCACCACAGAGACCACCACAGAGACCACCACAGAGACCACCACAGAGACCACCACAGAGACCACCACAGAGACCACCACAGAGACCACCACAGAGACCACCACAGAGACCACCACAGAGACCACCACAGAGACCACCACAGAGACCACCACAGAGACCACCACAGAGACCACCACAGAGACCACCACAGAGACCACCACAGAGACCACCACAGAGACCACCACAGAGACCACCACAGAGACCACCACAGAGACCACCACAGAGACCACCACAGAGACCACCACAGAGACCACCACAGAGACCACCACAGAGACCACCACAGAGACCACCACAGAGACCACCACAGAGACCACCACAGAGACCACCACAGAGACCACCACAGAGACCACCACAGAGACCACCACAGAGACCACCACAGAGACCACCACAGAGACCACCACAGAGACCACCACAGAGACCACCACAGAGACCACCACAGAGACCACCACAGAGACCACCACAGAGACCACCACAGAGACCACCACAGAGACCACCACAGAGACCACCACAGAGACCACCACAGAGACCACCACAGAGACCACCACAGAGACCACCACAGAGACCACCACAGAGACCACCACAGAGACCACCACAGAGACCACCACAGAGACCACCACAGAGACCACCACAGAGACCACCACAGAGACCACCACAGAGACCACCACAGAGACCACCACAGAGACCACCACAGAGACCACCACAGAGACCACCACAGAGACCACCACAGAGACCACCACAGAGACCACCACAGAGACCACCACAGAGACCACCACAGAGACCACCACAGAGACCACCACAGAGACCACCACAGAGACCACCACAGAGACCACCACAGAGACCACCACAGAGACCACCACAGAGACCACCACAGAGACCACCACAGAGACCACCACAGAGACCACCACAGAGACCACCACAGAGACCACCACAGAGACCACCACAGAGACCACCACAGAGACCACCACAGAGACCACCACAGAGACCACCACAGAGACCACCACAGAGACCACCACAGAGACCACCACAGAGACCACCACAGAGACCACCACAGAGACCACCACAGAGACCACCACAGAGACCACCACAGAGACCACCACAGAGACCACCACAGAGACCACCACAGAGACCACCACAGAGACCACCACAGAGACCACCACAGAGACCACCACAGAGACCACCACAGAGACCACCACAGAGACCACCACAGAGACCACCACAGAGACCACCACAGAGACCACCACAGAGACCACCACAGAGACCACCACAGAGACCACCACAGAGACCACCACAGAGACCACCACAGAGACCACCACAGAGACCACCACAGAGACCACCACAGAGACCACCACAGAGACCACCACAGAGACCACCACAGAGACCACCACAGAGACCACCACAGAGACCACCACAGAGACCACCACAGAGACCACCACAGAGACCACCACAGAGACCACCACAGAGACCACCACAGAGACCACCACAGAGACCACCACAGAGACCACCACAGAGACCACCACAGAGACCACCACAGAGACCACCACAGAGACCACCACAGAGACCACCACAGAGACCACCACAGAGACCACCACAGAGACCACCACAGAGACCACCACAGAGACCACCACAGAGACCACCACAGAGACCACCACAGAGACCACCACAGAGACCACCACAGAGACCACCACAGAGACCACCACAGAGACCACCACAGAGACCACCACAGAGACCACCACAGAGACCACCACAGAGACCACCACAGAGACCACCACAGAGACCACCACAGAGACCACCACAGAGACCACCACAGAGACCACCACAGAGACCACCACAGAGACCACCACAGAGACCACCACAGAGACCACCACAGAGACCACCACAGAGACCACCACAGAGACCACCACAGAGACCACCACAGAGACCACCACAGAGACCACCACAGAGACCACCACAGAGACCACCACAGAGACCACCACAGAGACCACCACAGAGACCACCACAGAGACCACCACAGAGACCACCACAGAGACCACCACAGAGACCACCACAGAGACCACCACAGAGACCACCACAGAGACCACCACAGAGACCACCACAGAGACCACCACAGAGACCACCACAGAGACCACCACAGAGACCACCACAGAGACCACCACAGAGACCACCACAGAGACCACCACAGAGACCACCACAGAGACCACCACAGAGACCACCACAGAGACCACCACAGAGACCACCACAGAGACCACCACAGAGACCACCACAGAGACCACCACAGAGACCACCACAGAGACCACCACAGAGACCACCACAGAGACCACCACAGAGACCACCACAGAGACCACCACAGAGACCACCACAGAGACCACCACAGAGACCACCACAGAGACCACCACAGAGACCACCACAGAGACCACCACAGAGACCACCACAGAGACCACCACAGAGACCACCACAGAGACCACCACAGAGACCACCACAGAGACCACCACAGAGACCACCACAGAGACCACCACAGAGACCACCACAGAGACCACCACAGAGACCACCACAGAGACCACCACAGAGACCACCACAGAGACCACCACAGAGACCACCACAGAGACCACCACAGAGACCACCACAGAGACCACCACAGAGACCACCACAGAGACCACCACAGAGACCACCACAGAGACCACCACAGAGACCACCACAGAGACCACCACAGAGACCACCACAGAGACCACCACAGAGACCACCACAGAGACCACCACAGAGACCACCACAGAGACCACCACAGAGACCACCACAGAGACCACCACAGAGACCACCACAGAGACCACCACAGAGACCACCACAGAGACCACCACAGAGACCACCACAGAGACCACCACAGAGACCACCACAGAGACCACCACAGAGACCACCACAGAGACCACCACAGAGACCACCACAGAGACAGACCACCACAGAGACCACCACAGAGACCACCACAGAGACCACCACAGAGACCACCACAGAGACCACCACAGAGACCACCACAGAGACCACCACAGAGACCACCACAGAGACCACCACAGAGACCACCACAGAGACCACCACAGAGACCACCACAGAGACCACCACAGAGACCACCACAGAGACCACCACAGAGACCACCACAGAGACCACCACAGAGACCACCACAGAGACCACCACAGAGACCACCACAGAGACCACCACAGAGACCACCACAGAGACCACCACAGAGACCACCACAGAGACCACCACAGAGACCACCACAGAGACCACCACAGAGACCACCACAGAGACCACCACAGAGACCACCACAGAGACCACCACAGAGACCACCACAGAGACCACCACAGAGACCACCACAGAGACCACCACAGAGACCACCACAGAGACCACCACAGAGACCACCACAGAGACCACCACAGAGACCACCACAGAGACCACCACAGAGACCACCACAGAGACCACCACAGAGACCACCACAGAGACCACCACAGAGACCACCACAGAGACCACCACAGAGACCACCACAGAGACCACCACAGAGACCACCACAGAGACCACCACAGAGACCACCACAGAGACCACCACAGAGACCACCACAGAGACCACCACAGAGACCACCACAGAGACCACCACAGAGACCACCACAGAGACCACCACAGAGACCAAAACGGGGGGUGCAGUCCAUGUUAAACGGCAAGGGGUAGCCAUGUGCCAGGAUGGAGGAAGGCUGUGGGUAUUCCCAGUGUGA